AUGGAAGCAUCUCCAGAGCCGGCAACUACCCCGGCUCCUCCUCCUCCUCCUCGAUCCACUCUCACUCCGGGGUCGGGAGUCUCGCCACACACACGAGGCUCCCCAAAUGUCGCACCACCCGAGUUAGUCGCCGUGAGGGUUGCGUUUAGAAAAGCGCGACGACUUUCGAUGCAGCUGCAGAGGGAGUACACGUCCCUAAAGCACAAAGUGGAACCAGACCUGGAGCCAGACCAGCAAAAGCCAGAGCCAGACCUCGUGGCCACCCUGGAGUUGGCGAAUCUCGGAAUCGAGAAAGCUCUCAGGAAAAAGAAAACGAUCCAAUUGGAGCGACAAGUCUUCGAGUUAGAGGAGGCGCUUGGCUUGAUACUACACGAGGAAGCCAAGAGGCGCUCGCAAAGUAAUAAUCAGCGACAUUUCUCCAAUGGAGAGGAUCUAUGGAGGUAUAGGAAAAAGGCGAAUUUAACCGGGACUGGUGUGGUGCGGGCGUUGGACCCUCGCCCCAACACGUUUUCUGAAGGGGUCUUGUCGCUUUACGCAGACCAUGAUGGGCUCACCAAGAGGAAAAGUCGCCCGAACAACUGGCGCAGAGAUGUCGUGUUGUAUUAUGACGGGCUGGCCAAAGACGACGCUGAGAGCGCAGCUGCCCCCAAACCCCAGGAUGACGUCGAGCCCAGAGUGAAAGGCAACCGCAAAAAGAAGGGCAGGACGAGCUCACUCCCUCCGACAAAGGACGUUUGGUGCCAUAUAUCUGCAAUGUAUCAUUCAACGAAACAUAUUACAGCUGCGCAUAUUGUGCCUUUUUUUCUGGAUGUCGGGAGCCUCGGCGAGCUUCUAUUCGGUAACCGAGCGGAAUCUCUUUCAAAAGCGGGAAAUUCACUCCUUUUGCACGAUAAACUUGAGGGGUGGUUCGACAAAUAUUUGAUGGUGAUUGUACCCGUCGAUGCUAAAGAAGUCCCCAUCACACGAUGGCGAUCAGACAUUAUCGACAAGAGUACACUCAAAGAGAUAUUUCACGCUCCUUUAAAAGGUGCAGACAUCCACCGAAAGGAAUUAACAUUUCUCAACGAGAAACGUCCCGUCUCGCGUUUUCUCUACUUUCAUUUUAUCAUGUCGCUUAUCCGUGUUAGACAUGAAAAGUGUUACGGAUGGGAGAUAACAUGGGCUGAGUACUAUGAUCAGCGUCCUUUCCCAUCGCCAGGAAAUUAUAUGCGGCAAAGCAUGUUAAUGGCACUUGCAACUCAUUUCGAGACUGCUGACAUACAAGUAAUCGAUUCUUGGAUUUCGGACCACGGAUUUGAAACGCCACUCAAAAUGACGGAUGAAGAGAUUGAAGAGGCAGCCCGCCGAGUCCACAAAGCAGUGGAAGAUGUUGUUCGCUCCGCAGAGCAACAGGAGAGAUCGAAGAUCGAAGAUCGAGGAUAG